GAGAGACCCUUUUGAAUGGAGUCUGUUCUAAGCCAGGUUGGUGAGUUCAGCAAUGGGAUUACCCCAAAAGGGGUUGUUAGUAACCAUUUCAAGGGUUGUUCUUUUGGUGUUGGGUGGUGGCAACCAAGGGCGGUGGUGUUGGUGAAAGCUGAGGCUGUGGGUAUAAACCCUGAUAUCAGGAAGAGUGAAGAGAAGGUGGUGGAUUCUGUUGUGGUCACUGAACUCUCUAAGCCCGUCACUGCUUAUUGCAGAUGUUGGAGAUCAGGGACUUUUCCUCUAUGUGAUGGAAGCCAUGUUAAGCAUAACAAAGCCACUGGUGAUAAUGUUGGACCUCUUCUUUUGAAGAAGUAAAAUUAUGAUGAUCGAACGUGGCUUAUGUUGUGAAGAUUCCUUUUAAAGUCUAUUUUGAUUUGUAUCUUUGCAAUAAUUUUGUUGAAGUCGGCUGCGAGUGUCAGUUUCGUUUUUAUCUUCAGCUGCGAGUGACAGUAUACAAUCAUGUGAAAGCAAUUUCUUAAAAGAUUGUAUUUAUCCAAAAUAUAUAGUCCUUGAGCUAGAAGGAAAGCCUUUAUUUA